UCGAACGAGUCGACAAUGAAUUGACAAGCAUUACUGAUCGGUCAUUACCGUUGUUACUUAAGUAAUUCUAUACACUGUAAUUAUGAAAAUUAUGACGCACUUCUACUUUUUUGGAACGUGAAAAAAUUUACAAUCGACAUCUUUUCAAUGAAGAAUCGUUUGACUUUGCUUGGCAACCCGUUAUCAUUGUAAAAGUGUAUGCCACUAAGAACGAUAUUAUAUAUCAGUGAAAAAGGAAACAAAAUAUGGAUAAUGUUACGUAUGAUAAGACGGAGAAAAAAACUGUAUCCGUACCCGAUAGCAUGCCGUCAUGGUUGCUGGAGAUGACCAACAAUAUAGGAAAAAUGAAUGUAAAUAACGAUGCUAAAUCACUGCAAAUGGAAACAUUUUUAAUUGAUGAUCAAUAUAAUUUUAAUAACACCUUAUUUGAAAAGGAAGACGAUAACAUAAAAUUACAGUCAAACACACAUGUAAGUAAUCUUUAUGAUAUUGAUGGCAAUAUCAAGUUGCAAACAUCUACAAGUAAAUCACUGCCAAAUACACCGAAGAAUGAAGAAGUUCAGAUUAAGCAGACAAAAACACGCGCGUGUUCUGCCGUUAUAAAUGCAAAUCGUAAGGACGAUUUUCGUGGACUAGAUGCAUAUUUAGAGAGAAAACAGAUGGAAAAACAUGGUUCCUACUUAACAUCUGAAAAUUAUAAUAAUACAAGGACUUGCAAUGAGGAAUCGAAUUUGGAACACCCUAUGCAUGUUCAGAAUAGUACUGAUACACAAUUACAUUUGUUAGAUGAUAGUUAUUAUCUGAAUAGUUCAGAAUUUAUACGAGAUGAAGAACAGUCAAGAUCGUUACCUAGUCAGUAUCAAGAAAUUUUCAAGUUUUCCAUCUCAUUUGAAAACAAUUUCCCCGAAGACACAAGUCAUACGUCGAAUACAACAGACCAAUUUUAUAAAAACUUUAUUAUUCCUGAAUUGCCGUCUGGAGAUUUAUUAGUCAUUGACAUUCUUUCUACCUGGGGUGACAAACAUUAUGUAGGCCUCAAUGGCAUAGAAAUCUUUUCACAUACUGGAGAACCGGCGAAAAUAAAAAAAAUAUAUGCAGAUACAACGAACAUCAGUCAAUCAUCGGAUAACAAUUCUUUCAUCAUAACAAACUUAAUUAAUGGUAUUAAUCGUACGAGAGAUGAUGCAAAUUUAUGGCUUACACCUUAUUCAUUUGGUGACCAUCAUUAUGUUUAUAUAACAUUUGAAUUCGCAAUUACUGUAGCAAUGAUCAGAAUAUGGAACUACAAUAAAUCUAGAAUACAUUCCUUUAGAGGGGCCAAAGACAUUAUUAUGAAAUUAAAUGACAUUAUUAUCUUUGAUGGCGAAAUUGCUAAAGCAUCAGGCGAUGAUAUGGGUAGCCUUGACUCCUUUGGUGAUACUAUAUUAUUUACGACAGACGAAGAUAUUUUGGAAUUGAUAUCGAAACAUGACAAUACAUUCAUCGAAUUCCAUAACAGAAUCUCCGAAUAUGAAGACAAAGAAAUAAUUCGUCCAAUAACAGCAACAACUAAUGAUAUUAUUUCCGCAAGGCGUAAAGGUAAUGAUCAGAGUGAGAAUUCUUCUAAUUUAUACUGUAAUAAAGACAUUUACAAUAUAACUUCCGCUGCUCUGUCCUGCAGAGAAAUUCAGUUAAUUAUUAUUUCCAAUUGGGGCUUAGAGAAUUUAGUUGGUCUUACCGGUAUAGAAUUAAUUGGGGAUAAAGGUAUAGUUGUGCCAUUAGCAAAUGCUAGCUUAUGCUGUAACGUGGACGAUGCACAUUUAACGAAACUGAUCGACGGGCAUAAUGUUACAACUGAAAUGGAUCACAUGUGGCUAGCGCAAGUAACGUCAAACAAAAGAAUUACAAUAACUAUCGCCUUUAGUACAGAUGUGCAUCCAACGGGAAUGCGUAUUUGGAAUUACAAUGCAUCUUUAGAAUUAUCUUAUUGUGGCGUAAAACAAUUGCUGAUUAAAUUGGAUGAUAAACAAUUAUAUGGCGAGAACUUUGAAGGCUUUUUGUUAAGACGCGCGCCGGGAUCUUGUCAUUACGAUUUUGUUCAAGAAAUUAGUUUCCUUAGUAAUCCACUUGCCCAAACACAUCUGAAUCCGACACAUCAGCCGACUGAUUCAAUUAAAUUGCCCGAAGAACUUGAAUCUUUGGAUUCGAACUAUGAAACUGCAUCGAUGCCACAAGGAUUUGUUUAUCAGAUAAUAAUUUUUUCUACAUGGGGAGAUUCUUAUUAUGUUGGUCUUAAUGGGAUACAAAUAUACGAUAACGAUGGCAAGGAAAUCAAAUUAACUACAGACAACAUAGCUGCAUUUCCGGAAAGCGUUAAUAUAAUAGAAGGUAUAGAUAACGACAUUCGCACACCAGACAAACUUAUUGACGGAAUCAAUAAUACUAAAGACGGACGUCAUGCCUGGUUAGCUCCAAUACUUCCUGGACAAACAAAUCGUGUUUAUCUGAUAUUUUAUCAGCCCGUUAUGGUGUCAAUGAUCAAGAUAUGGAAUUACAGAAAAACUCCGCAAAGGAGAGUUAAAGAAUUCGCAAUAUUGGUGGACGAUUUACUAGUUUAUAAUGGAACUUUAGAUAAACACAAUUUACACGGCCUGGUGACAUUUGUAAAGGAAAGUAGUAACAGUGAGAAUGUAGUGAAUCACUCGGAGCAAGAGGGUCGACUUUUAAAUUUAAAAAGAAAUACUUCAGGUACCAAUUCAUUACCGGAUCCAUCUCUUCGACCACAUACAUCUUUACAAUUUAAGGAAUCAUAACUGCAUGUAUACGUGGUAUAUAA